AUGGCCGCAUUUCUCUUCUCGAGACCGCAGCAAGCCAAUCCUCUGCCAGAUCAUGGUCAACUGCCAGACACCCCAGACCGAGAUUAUCUGCCUGGCCGCUACGCCUGUUAUGACUCUCAGGACGCAGAUCCCUCCUUCUCAGAGUCUGAAGAAGAUUCGCUCUCUUUGAUUAUUGUUUGGGACCCCAAGCCCCUACAGUACUGA